GCGACGACCACGUCGUCGGCGAGUUUGGCGAAGAUCGUGGGCUGUGGCGGCGGCAUCGACGUCGUGUCUAAGGUGGAGCGUCCGGGCAGCACGACGACGCUCAACUUCACGGACCUGGGGAGCCCAUUCGGGGCGGGCGACCCCUGUCCGUCGAGUACCCCGACCCCGAAUAGUAUGUCGGGCGGUGGUGGACCGACCGGCGGCAGCGGUGGAGGUGGCGGUGGCGGCGGCGGUGGCGCCGGUACCGGAGGCGCCAAUUCUGAUAUGGAGCAGCAUCUUCAUCACGCGGGCCUUGGCUCGGUGACGCCCGGGCCACCCGGUGGAAACGGCAGCGACAGCACGACGUCCAGCACGCCGGUCUCCCAAAGCGGCAAAUCCGCUUUCAUCGAGCUCCAGCACAAUAACCUCUAUAAUCCGGCGAGUCUUCGAAGUGGUUAUCCAGGCGGGCAUAAUGUAUCCGCGCAUCAGUUCUCGCACCAGGUCGGCUCGCUGGCCCACCAGGGCUCCGGACCUGGCAGCGGGAAUCAGCAGCACGCGGACGCGGGCUUCCCCAGUCCUAGAUCCGCGCUGGCCGGAUAUCCGUUCGCGCCCAUGCACCAACACAACGCCUACGGAUAUCACCUGGGAUCGUACGCCCCCCAGUGCCCCUCGCCGCCCAAGGACGGUGAGUACCCCAACUGGUGGUGCAUGUUCGCAGACCUCUCGCCAUUAGGUGAUAAAGGCGGUAGCCUCGUCGACGAGCUAGGCGGCGGCGGCGGCGGUUCCCUCAGGAACGGCAAGGGCAAGAAGAUGAGGAAACCGAGGACGAUUUACAGCAGCCUGCAAUUGCAGCAGCUCAACAGGCGGUUCCAGAGGACGCAGUACCUCGCGCUACCGGAAAGAGCGGAGCUCGCGGCCAGCCUCGGACUCACGCAAACACAGGUGAAAAUCUGGUUCCAAAAUAGAAGAAGUAAGUACAAGAAGAUGAUGAAGGCAGCGCAGCAGGGCGGAGGUGGUGGUGGUGGCCAGCAUGGCAGUCUUCUAGCGGGUGGAAACGCUCUACCCGGAGGACCAUCCCCUCAACCCGGUCAACCUGGAAGUCUCAUGCAAGGUGGAGGCGGAAGUUCCGUGUCGGGCAGCCCGACGACGGGUUACUUGGGCGGCAUGGGCGGCGGGGGUGGCGGUCACACCCCCGGGAGCUCGAGCCCCGGAAGCGAGAUGUCGCCUCAGCACAACGAGAGCCCGCCGGCACCCUCCUGGCCGGGCGAGAUGAAGCACCAUCCGCAUCCGCACGCGCCCCCUCACACCCAUCAUCACCCGCACACGCCCGGGCAUCAUCCACCGCCACCGCCACCCCCGCCGCAUCACGCAGGCUACAUGCCGCAGUACUCCUGGUACCAGGCGGACCCUAAUCCCGGACUACUCACGUAA